AUGACUAAAGUUACUGUUUGCGGCGCUGCCGGUGGCAUUGGCCAGCCUCUUUCGCUUUUGCUCAAAUUGAACCCUAGAGUGUCUCAGUUGUCUCUAUACGAUAUUGUCAAUGCUAGAGGUGUGGCUGCUGACUUGAGCCAUAUCAACACGCCUGCUGUGGUCACUGGCCACCAGCCUGCGAAUAAGGAGGAUAAGACUGCUGUGGUGGACGCAUUGAAGGGCUCAGACGUGGUUAUUAUUCCAGCCGGUGUGCCCAGAAAGCCUGGUAUGACUAGAGCUGACUUGUUCAACAUCAAUGCUUCCAUUGUGCGUGACUUGGUGGCUAACAUUGGUAGAACUUGUCCAAACGCUGCUAUUUUGAUUAUUUCUAACCCAGUCAACGCUACUGUUCCUAUUGCUGCUGAGGUUUUGAAGAAGUUGGGUGUGUUUAACCCUAAGAAGCUUUUUGGUGUCACUACUCUUGAUUCCGUGAGAGCCGAAACUUUCUUGGGCGAGCUUAUUGGCGAACAGCCACAGACUUUGAAGGGUAAGAUUUCCGUCAUUGGUGGCCACUCCGGUGACACCAUUGUUCCAUUGACCCACAUUGACUCGGCUAUCGCUGCUAAGGUCGAUAAGCUUUCUGCUCAACAAUAUAAGGAAUUCGUCCACCGUGUGCAAUUUGGUGGUGACGAAGUCGUCAAAGCCAAGAACGGUGCUGGUUCUGCUACCUUGUCUAUGGCUUACGCUGGUUACAGAUUCGCCGAGUCGAUCUUGGAGUCUAUCUCCGGCCCAGGCUUCUCUGUCAAGGUUCCAGACUCUGCUUACGUAUACUUACCAGGCUUGCGUGACGGCGCUGACUUGCAGGCUCAGUUGAACGACGUGAGCUUCUUCUCUGUGCCCGUCCACUUGCUUGCUGGAGAGAUCCUGUCCUACGAGGAUCCAUUGAAGUUUAAGAUCACCGACGGAGAGAAGGAGUUGGUGAAGGUCGCCUUGGGCGGCUUGCAACUGUCUAUAGCUCAGGGCACCAACUUUGUGGCUGGCUCCAAGAUUUAG